CUGACAAGCCUGCGAUUGCGAAUAACAAUCGGAAAAAUUGACAUCUCUCUGUCAAGUAAUAUGAAAACAAUUUCGUAAUUUCUAUUGAAUUUUCAGUAGCUAGCUAUAUACUUUGAUAUUUUACAUUAAACACUAAUAUCAAAAUGAAUGUCGUACAAGCGGUCAAACUAUAUAUAACUAAAAUGACGGAGGAAAGUGGGCCGGGGAUGAAAGUUAUUCUCAUGGACAAGGAAACUACUAGCAUUGUCAGCAUGGUUUUCAGCCAGUCAGAAAUACUGCAAAAAGAAGUUUACUUAUUUGAAAGAAUAGACAGCCAUUCUAAGUGGGACAACAUGAAGCAUAUGAAAUGUAUUGUCUUCAUUCGUCCAACUCCUGAAAAUAUUUCAUUGUUGCUCCGAGAACUGAGAUAUCCAAAAUAUGGAGUUUAUUUUAUAUAUUUCAGUAAUGUAAUAUCAAAAGCUGACAUCAAAACUCUGGCAGAGUGUGAUGAGCAGGAGACAGUGCGAGAAGUGCAAGAGGUGUUCGCUGAUUACUUAGCUGUUGACAGACACCUGUUCUCAUUCAACAUUGUAGGGUGUCUGCAAGGUCGGUCCUGGAAUGCUCAACACCUACAGCGCUGUGCUCAAGGGUUGUUGGCUUUAUUGCUCUCUGUAAAGCGCCGCGCUGUGGUCCGCUACGAGGCGGCGUCGGAGCCCUGCGCGCGGCUUGCGGAGCGAGUGCGAGACCUGCUGCGGAGGGAGGCUGUGCUCAUCGAUAAUAACAUACCUUUCAAUGGAGAGAUACCUACUCCACAGUUGCUGAUUGUGGAUAGGAGAGAUGACCCUGUUACACCAUUAUUAAGUCAAUGGACGUACCAGGCGAUGGUGCACGAACUGCUAACAAUCAACAACAACCGCGUCAGCCUGGCACACGUCCCAGAGGUGCCCAAGGACAUGAAGGAGGUUGUGCUGUCUUCCGAACAGGACGAGUUUUAUGCCAAGAAUCUCUACUCAAACUUCGGCGAAAUCGGCCAGACCAUGAAGUCACUGAUGGAUGAGUUUCAGAAGAAAGCCAAAAGCCAGCAGAAAGUGGAGAGCAUCGCUGACAUGAAGAACUUUGUCGAGACUUAUCCGUUAUUCAAGAAAAUGUCCGGCACGGUCACGAAGCACGUGACGGUGGUGGGCGAGCUGUCGGCGUGUGUGUCGCGACAUAACCUGCUGGAAGUGUCCGAGUUGGAGCAGGAGAUCUCGUGCCAGAGCGACCACUCCAAACACCUGCAGCGCCUAAAGAACCUCCUUGCCAACGAAGCCGUUCGCCAGCACGACGCGGCCAAGCUAGUGGCACUGUACGCGCUGCGCUACGAGAAACACGCCAGCAACGCUCUGCCGUCACUCAUCGAGGCUCUGAAGACCAGGGGAGCGCCCGAACACCUGCUGAAGUCGGUGGUCAACCUGCUGGAGUACGGCGGCGCUCACGCCAGGCAGAGCGAUCUGUUCGGACUACAAGACGCUGUCAAAAUCACCAAGAGAUUGUUCAAGGGCCUCAAUGGAGUCGAAAAUAUCUACACACAGCACACACCCCUCCUUAAGGAUACUCUAGAAGAUUUGAUCAAGGGAAAACUCCGAGAGAAUCUUUACCCCACAUUAGGAGGUGAAGACGGCCCCUACGGACGUCGGCCCCAAGACAUCAUCGUGUUCAUUGUAGGGGGCGCCACCUACGAAGAAGCGCUCUGUGUCCAUCAGAUCAACCAAGCGUACCCUGGAGUCAGGGUAGUGCUUGGAGGCACCGCCAUACACAACUCCACCUCAUUCUUUGAAGAAGUCAAAUCUGCUAUGCAAGGAGUCCAUAGAACGCAUACCAGACACAUUAGAAACGUAUAGAUUUAAUUAUAAUUGAGAUUAAUAUAUUUUGCAAAUAAGGUACCUGAAAAGCCAAUGCAUUUAUUGUAUUCGAAAAUUUGUUUCGUGAUUUCUUAUAUGAAUUUGUGAUUACAACCAGAUAUAGGACGUAUUAAAUUUAGUAUUUUGUUCUAAUAUAAUUAAUAUAUUAUGAUAUAUUUAAUUCUAUAGGCGACAUUAAGACUUGUAUCAAUAUUAUAAGUAUUUCAAUAAA